AUGGUACCGCCAAGCAAUGAGGUGAACUGGGCUGGUAAGCUGCUUCUGUCGUAUUCUCGUGCUGCAUUCUCUGCGUCCCGCUCACCCCGCAAUGCCAAAGGCUUCUACACUGUCGAUACCCUCAAGAAAGACCAGCUCAUACUGGGUCCGUUCCAGGGAAAAGUCGCAUGCCAGACAAUCCCAAUAGGUCGCGGGGUUUGUGGAGCCGCGGCAAAGCAGUUACAGACCGUAAGGGUCGACGACGUGGACGCCUUCCCGGGUCACAUAGCCUGUGAUAGCGAAAGCCGCAGCGAGAUUGUGGUCCCGGUGAUAGCAACGGUGGAGAAUGGAAUAGGGGGAGCAUCCGAGACAAAGCUAGUUGCCAUUAUUGACAUCGACUGCGCCGUCCUGAAUGGAUUUGACCAGGUUGAUCAGACGUAUUUGGAGAGGUUGGCGGCACUGACUGCUUCCAGCUGUGACUGGCCAUGA